AUGGCAAGGCGACAACGGCUCUUAUCAACCAUACCUUUUAAACCCCGAUCUCAUCAAAAGCUCGAAAGCCGCAGAAGCAAAAGCAGUGGCAGUAACAAUAUUUAUGGAGGGACUGGAGCAGGAGCAAAUGAUGAUUUAGAGGACGGUGAUAAUCCAGUAGCAACCUUGCAAAAGUCUUUGGCAGCUGUACCGCACUAUGCAGUGAAGAAUGAAAUCAAACUGCGGUACACAGAAAUUGAUUCAAAGGGUAAUAUCGUUCGGUCAACGUCAGGAGAAUUCUUGAAAUCAGAUUUGUGCCAACAGUAUGGCCUGCAUCCUCGAGACCUACGUAAAAUUGAUGGAGGCUUUAGUAAUCAGAUGCCGGUGGUCUUGGUCCGCCCAGAGGUCAUUCUUGUCAACUUAGGGCAUAUUCGUGCGCUGAUCAAGGCAGAUCACAUCGUCCUCUUUGAUUUUCCCGACUCAAAAGAUAAAAUCGAGGAUUCACCCUUUGUCAAAGAUCUUCAAGUCAAAUUGAGAAUGGAUAUUGUAGAAGCUGGAGGACAAGCAUAUGAAUUCAGGGCAUUGGAGGCGAUAUUUGUGUCAGUGGUGGCGUCUCUUCAUGCAGAGAUGGAGAUUCUUGUACAUUUUGUAACUAAACUACUGGCAAGUAUCGAAGAGGAGAUUGAUCAGAACAAACUGAAGGAGAUGCUCCAAUAUACAAAGAAAGUGUCUAGAUUUGAGUCAAAAACACUCUUGAUACGUGAUGUUUUUGAGGAGUUGCUGGAUCAAGACGAAGAUUUGGCUGCCUUAUAUCUGACAGAAAAGAAGGAGGGUCAUCCACGAAUGGUUGAUCAGCACGAUGAAGCUGAGAUCUUGCUUGAAGCAUACAUGAAGCAGGUGGAGGAGAUUGCCAACGUGGUGACGGUGGUCAAACAUCAGAUGCAAUCUACAGAAGACUUUGUGAAUGUGAUCCUAGGCGCCAAACGUAACCAACUGCUCCUGUUUGAGCUACGGAUUGCGAUGGGAACCUUGGGGAUUUCAUCAGGUGCAAUUAUUGCAGGAUUUUAUGGCAUGAAUCUUCGAAACUACCUGGAGCAAGAUCCGUAUGCAUUCUUUGUUGUCACAGUUGCAGCCCUUGGGAUUAGCGGAUCUGUGUUCGGGGCAUGUGCCAGGAAGUUGAGGAUACUGGCAAGGGGCACAACAUAA